AUGGGACUGAGGCCACAGGCACAACACAGUGUGCAUGACCGGAGGCUUUUCUCGCUCAAUGAAUACCGCAAAUGUUUGAAACCCAUGCAAUUUUCUGCUAGUCUAUCGGAAGGAGAAGAGCCCACUUCCCCCAUCGAAGAAGUCGCCGCGGCCGAUGAGGUCGAAGUCUCUGGUGAUGUCGGCGCCUCUGGUGGUUCCAUGUCCGUCCUUGACGCUCUGAAAGGUGUGUACUACUCUCAAGAUACACGGAGGAGGAGGAAGAAGAAGAAGAACGACACCAAAAAGGAGGAUGAGAGUUUGAGGAGAUCAUACCAUGAUGGUGUUAAACUGACGUGGGUGAUGUUAACAGGCGUCCUCAAACUCGCCCUCAUCCACGACGGCCUCGCCCGCGGCCUGCGCGAAGCCUCCAAGGCCCUCGACCGCCGCCAGGCGCACAUGUGCGUCCUCAACGAGGCCUGCGAGGAGGAAGCCUACAAGAAGCUGGUGAUUGCUCUGUGCUCCGAACACAAGAUCCCCCUGAUUAAGGUUCCGGAUGGAAAGAUGUUGGGAGAGUGGGCCGGUCUCUGUGUCUUGGAUCGAGAAGGAAACGCUCGCAAGGUCGUCAACUGCAGUUGUGUGGUGGUUAGGGACUGGGGCGAGGAGAGCCAGGAGAGGAGCGUGCUCUUGAACUACUUCCAGACUGAGCAAUAA